AUGGCUUCUCCGACCCCGCUGCCGACGGGCCACCGCAGAUUUGUUCCCAGUUCACGCGUCGCAUCCCACCCAAGCUACGAGACAGGAUCGCAAUGGAACUACAAUUCAGAGCACCCAAGCAUACUACAAUCGAGGACAGACACGAAAUCUCGCGCGGCGCAUGCAGAUACCAUCGCGCUUGGCGAUAGUUCGGAUGACGAGGCUCCAGAACCCAUUGCCUUUAGCAAGUCUGUUCUCGCUAUCCUCACGGACUCCCUACCCCAGGAAAAGAGGAAUGGAGCCUCAAUACUACAAAAAGAUUCGUCCAGCAGGAAAUGGGACGGGAAUUCACCUCGCGGUAGUGAAACCUCAUCAUCUUCGCGAAAAGGCGAAAGCCAAGGAGGCGCCUCCAGUGCUACGAGUACUAGCAGAAACGAUGGAAGCGACCUUAUUACCCCAGCUCCUCGACAGCGCGUGGUCCGCGUAUCACGGUCUCGGUCAAGCAAUCAAACCCCGUCCCCAAGAGCUUCACCUGAUCGUGAGUACAGGACCAAACAUGAUGAGAGUCAAUACGAAUCGCACUCUCCUCUAAGGCAUAGGACUCAUGCAUCCAAGGAUCAUGCCGGUGUUUCUGGCGAGAGGGCAGGGCCACGAAGCAUGUUCAGACCAAGGAAAAGUGACGAGGUUGUGGGAAUGCAAAGCUCGAUUCGGGUGAAGCGUGUGGGGAAGCUGACCGGUGAAUUUUUGAAUGGCCCUGCCCGCAGAGGAAUGCUACCUCGACGCAGCGAAGAGCGACAGUGCUUCGAGAACGAGGAACAAGCAGGAGAUUCAGAUGCUGAAAGGGGAGAAAGACUGCAAGGACACAGCCCUUCAUUAGCAGCCUUGGAAAACUCUGUAGGCAGAAAACACUCGCCUGCCGGAUUGGAUCAGCGACAACCUUCUCCAGUGGAAAUCCAUACUCCACCUCAUCAACCGCCUUACCACGAUGGGUCGUAUAACAGGGAAAGCAAGCCAAAAGCUCCCCGUGUAUCGAGCCCUGUAUACCCAACCCCAGGUCUUGGGGUGAUGUCAAGGUCAAACCCAAAGGAGUCAGUGCCUCCCGCUGACAUUCAGUCGUAUCAUAUUCCUCCACCAUCCCAAUUUCCUGCAAAUCGUGAACAAGAAAAUGAGCCACCACCAACUUUCAAGAAAUCCAAAGCCCAACAUUUUGACAUGCUUGAUAGAGUCGACAAGCCAGCCAUUAAACAAGAUCUGUACCGGCAUUCACAUAAGUCCACGCCGCAGGAUCCUGAUAGAAAACCACUAGGAAGCAUGAGCACCAAUGUCCCAACUCCUCAUAGAGCACCUCCUCCUCCCCCAAAGAUGACUGUGCUUGAAACGGCUACAGCAGCAGCAGGGGCAGCGUCCUCGUCGAGCUCUCGACGCAAGAAAGCAAUAGUGACUGUCAAUCAUAAGGCGUAUACCCGACUAGACUGUAUUGGUCGGGGUGGAAGCUCGCGAGUGUAUAGAGUUAUGGCAGAAAAUUGCAAAAUAUUUGCUCUGAAGAGGGUAAAUCUAGAACAUGUCGAUCCAACGAACCUUGCAGGAUACAAGGGCGAGAUUGAUUUGCUCAAAAAGCUGGAGAAGGUCGAACGAGUAGUACGACUACUUGAUUAUGAGAUAAACGAAGAAAAGGAGACACUUAGCGUCCUCAUGGAAAUGGGAGAAUCCGACCUCCACACUGUGAUAAGACUGAAAGUAAAUGCGGAGGACUCGGUCUUUGACCCGGCAUUUGCACGGUUUUAUUGGAAGGAAAUGCUGGAAUGUGUGCAGGCAGUACACGAGUAUGACAUUGUCCACGCCGAUUUGAAACCAGCAAACUUCCUCUUGGUGAAAGCGAAGCUAAAAUUGAUUGAUUUUGGCAUUGCUGAUACCAUCGAGGAUCACACCGUCAACGUCCACAGAGAACAUCAAGUUGGUACCCCGAAUUAUAUGGCCCCCGAGGCCAUCAUUGACUACAAUGCUACCAUUGGUCUUCCAUCCUCCGCUGGUAAGAUAAUGAAAAUCGGAAAGCCCAGUGAUGUAUGGAGCCUGAGCUGUAUCUUAUACCAAAUGGCAUACGGCCGCGCCCCCUUUGGCCAUCUGGCAAAACAAAUGGAACGCGUCCUAUGUAUUGCCAACCCGAAAGUGGCGAUUGAAUACCCUUCUACUGGAGUUGGUGGUGCAGUCAUUCCACCCAGCCUCAUCCGCACUCUCAAGAAGUGCCUUCAAAGAGAUCCUACCCUCCGCCCAACCACAACGCAGCUUUUGGAUAGGUCAGAUCCUUUUAUAUAUCCACCCGCUUACCCCGAGGGCGCUGUGCCCGUCACUCAGGAAGCUCUUGGAAUGGCAAUGACGAAGAUAGUCAGUCAUUGCCGCUUACAUGGCAUCCCAAAGGACGAAGAAGUAAUUGGAUGGUCUGCCGGGCUCUUCCAGAAGCUGCAGGCCUCAGCUGAACAGGGAUACAAUUCAUGA